AUGGAUUCUGAAAAUCGUGUGAUCUUGAAUGUUGGUGGAAUACGGCAUGAAACAUAUAAAGCCACACUUAAGAAAAUUCCUGCUACACGGUUAUCUAAACUGACAGAAGCAGUUGCUAAUUAUGAUCCCAUACUAAAUGAGUACUUUUUUGAUCGUCAUCCAGGUGUUUUUAAUCAGAUUCUCAAUUAUUAUCGUACUGGAAAGCUACACUAUCCCACUGAUGUCUGCGGACCCUUAUUCGAAGAAGAACUUGAGUUCUGGGGUCUUGAUGCUAAUCAGGUUGAACCGUGCUGUUGGAUGACGUAUACAUCUCACCGUGAAACACAAGAAACUCUACAAAUAUUAAAUGAUUUAGAUUUAGAUACAGAAGGAAGGACAGAAGAAGAAUUAUAUGCAAAAUUUGGUUGGGAAGAUGCUUAUCAGUCUGGAAAGUUAACAUUAUGGCAACGUUGUAAACCAAAAAUUUGGAUGUUAUUUGAUGAGUGUUAUUCAUCACUGGGAGCAAAAAUUAUUGCUGUCAUCUCUGUAUUCUUCAUUGUUUUAUCAAUCCUGUGUUUUUGUUUAAAAACAUCAUCCAGUCUUCGAAUACCUCAAUUAUAUAAUGAUUCGGUAAUACCCAGGACAAAUUACCUGUAUACAUAUGAUAAACAGAUUUCAUAUCUCCCUUAUCCUUCUUCCUCCUCAACGUAUACUCGACAUUCACGUGGUAAACGUUUCAUUCAUCAAGCAGAAAAUGAAGCUGAUCUUAGCACAUGGACAAUUCGUAAACGCCUAAUAAAAUCUCAUAUAAUAUUUGGUUAUGUUGAAUGUAUCUCUAAUGCAUGGUUCACAUUUGAAAUUACAAUACGCUUUAUUGUGACACCGUCAAAUUAG